AUGCAGGAUCCUGGGUGCUCUUCAAGUGCACCUCAAGUUCUCAACUCCCGACCGCGCCGCAAAGCACGCCCGGGGUUUAAUGUACAAGCCUCGAAUUGUGGGGAAAGUGAAACGUUGAAGAGGAACCGAGCAACCACCACACGAGUUACAUACCAUCAGACUCGACCAGAGCAAAAUACGACAGAAAUCGAACAGGCCAUGUCAUCGAUCGUCAAAGCCGUCCUCGCCUGGAUCAAAUCCUUGUUCUUCUCGACCGAAUUAGAAAUAACCAUCAUCGGGCUGCAAAACUCUGGAAAGACCAGUUUGGUGAAUGUGAUUAUGUCAGGCCAAUUUUCAGAUGCCAUGGUUCCAACAGUAGGUUUCAAUAUGCGCAAAUAUACAAAGGGCUCGGUUACAAUCAAACUAUGGGAUAUCGGAGGUCAACCGAGGUUUCGAUCGAUGUGGGAACGAUAUUGUCGCGGUGUGACGGCCAUCGUCUUUGUAGUUGACUCUUCGGAUCCGAAGGCAAUCGAAUCCUCCAAAAUCGAACUUCAAAGUCUUAUUACCAAACCAGAACUUAGCGGGAUCCCGUUGUUAGUGCUCGGAAAUAAAAACGAUCUAGAACAGUCGAUGAAGGUUCAAGACUUGAUACAGCAGCUUGAACUGUCAAAAGUCACCGGAAGAGAAGUUAGCAUCUAUUCGAUUUCGGUCAAAGAAUCCAGGAACAUCGACGUUGCACUAAGCUGGCUAUUAAAGCGCGCAAAAUAA